AUGUCAAAAUUGUCAUUGGUUUUAGCCACCACAAUAAUUGUGAUGAUGGUUUCAAUGGUAAGAUCAGAUUCACACAACUAUACUGAUGCAUUAACAAAGAGCAUUUUGUUUUUUGAAGGCCAAAGAUCUGGGAAAUUGCCAAACUCUCAACGUAUGACAUGGAGAAAAGACUCUGCUCUUCAUGAUGGCUCUGAUAUUCAAAUAAAUAUGGUUGGUGGAUAUUAUGAUGCUGGUGACAAUGUAAAAUUUCAUUUCCCUAUGGCAUUCACAACAACCAUGUUAGCAUGGAGUGUGAUAGAAUUUGGAGAUUUCAUGGAUUCAGAUCUUCAACAUGCAUAUGAAGCUAUUCGUUGGGGGACUGAUUAUUUCCUUAACGCCACAAAAGUUCCAAACAUGAUUGUGGCACAAGUUGGUGAUCCUAUUAGUGACCAUGGUUGUUGGGAAAGGCCAGAAGAUAUGGAUACUUCUAGACAAGCCUAUUAUAUCACCAAUGAAAAGCCUGGUUCAGAGGUUUCAUCUGAGAUUGCAGCUGCACUUGCAGCAUCAUCCAUUGUAUUUAGGAAUGUUGAUUCCAAUUAUUCCAAUAAGAUUCUUGAUAGGGCUAAACAGGUGUUUGACUUUGCAAAUAACUACCGUGGAUCCUAUAAUGAUAGCAUAGGUGAAGCAGCAUGCCCCUUCUACUGUGAUUUCAAUGGCUACAUGGAUGAGUUGAUUUGGGGUGCAGCGUGGUUGUAUAAGGCAACUAAUAUACAAAGUUAUUGGGACUUUGUAAAAUCAAAUAUCCAAAACUUAGAAUAUCCUGUUGCAAGAAAUAUUAAUGGUUUUAGAGUCCUUUCUAGUGGUGGUAGUUUUGGUGAAUUUGGAUGGGAUUCCAAAAAUGCUGGCAUUAAUGUGCUUGUUUCUCAGUGGGUGAUGAAUGAUUCAUCAAGCCAGAGUCCUUUCGUUCCCAAUGCAGACAACUUAGUGUGCUCUUUGUUGCCGAAUUCACCAACCAAAACUACAUCAUACUCCAACGGUGGACUUUUAUUCAAACCGGGAGUAAGUAAUCUACAACAUGCAACAUCAAUGUCUUUUCUGUUAAUUGUGUAUGCACGAUACAUGAGAGUUAACCAGAAAACAAUAUCAUGUGGAAAUGUAGUUUUUGGUCCAACCAACCUCAUAACUCUUGCAAAAAGUCAGGUGGACUAUAUUCUAGGAGACAAUCCACUAGGGAUGUCAUACAUGGUAGGAUAUGGACCAAAAUAUCCCCAAAAGAUACACCAUCGAGGUUCAACAUUGCCAUCAAUAGCCGUGUACCAAAACAAAUUGGGAUGUAGUGAUGGAGCCAAAUAUUUUGAAUCACAAACACCCAAUAUCAACAUACUAACAGGGGCAAUUGUUGGAGGACCAGCAGAGGAUGAUUCUUUUGAGGACUCGCGAUAUAAUGUUCCACAAUCAGAGCCAGCUACAUAUAUCAAUGCUCCUUUUGUUGGCGUUUUGGCUUACUUCAAACAACUUACUAAAUAA